CGGGGUUAAGGUUUCAUUAUGUUGCUGCUGGAGAAAGAGGCAAACCACUUAUGCUGCUGCUUCAUGGGUUUCCGGAAUUCUGGUAUUCUUGGCGUCACCAACUAAGAGAAUUUAAAAGUGAAUAUAGAAUUGUAGCGCUGGAUUUGAGAGGCUAUGGAGAAACAGAUGCUCCCAGUCAUCGAGAUAAUUAUAAAUUGGACUGUCUCGUUACAGACAUAAAGGAUAUUUUAGACUCUUUAGGGUACAGCAAGUGUGUUCUCGUUGGCCAUGACUGGGGCGGCAUGAUCGCCUGGCUGAUUGCCAUCUGUUACCCCGAGGUGGUGAUGAAGCUUGUCGUUAUUAACUUCCCUCAUCCAAGUGUAUUUACAGAAUAUAUCUUACGACACCCUGUCCAGCUGUUCAAAUCCAGUUAUUAUUACUUCUUCCAAAUACCAUGGUUCCCGGAAUUUAUGCUCUCCAUAAAUGAUUUCAAGGCUUUGAAACAUCUGUUCACUAGUCACAGUACUGGCAUUGGAAGAAAAGGAUGUCGAUUAACAACAGAAGAUCUUGAAGCGUAUAUUUAUGUCUUUUCUCAGCCUGGAGCAUUAAGCGGUCCAAUUAACCAUUACCGAAAUAUCUUCAGCUGCCUGCCUCUCAAACAUCACAUGGUGACCACUCCGACACUACUACUGUGGGGAGAGAAAGACGCAUUUAUGGAGGUUGAGAUGGCUGAAGUCACAAAGAUUUAUGUUAAAAACUAUUUCAGGCUAACUAUUUUGUCAGAAGCCAGUCAUUGGCUCCAGCAAGAACAACCUGACAUAGUGAACAAAUUGAUAUGGACAUUUCUAAAAGAAGAAACGAGGAAAAAAGAUUGACUUUUCUAUAUCUUCUUUGAGGGGUCUGCAAUGAAAUCUCUAAAUAAUUUUUUUAAUUGUUCAUCAACGUCUUCAAACUUCACUAGGAAAAAAACUAUUUUAAUAUGCUUUAUCAUAAGCAAAUAUCCUGACAAAUGGUAUUGAAAAAAAUCUGAGUAUGUGUGAACUUGUAAUCUAAUGUUGAUUUUCUUCUGCUGUAUUUUGCACAGAUAAGCAUCUGCCUUAAAAUGUAUAAACUUGUACAAAAAGGAAAUUGGAGAAAGUGGCUUAGUUUUGGUUUCUUGCAUUAUUUGCCCUGUUGACAUAUGGUGCCUUUUACAAAUGUAUAUUAAAGAUUAGCUGUACCAUAUUAAAAGGUAAACCUGCAGUGGUAGAAAUUUUCCUUUUAUUGUUUGAAAGUUCUUUUUACUAGUUUUUAACCAUUAAAAAAUUCUAUGAUCAAA